GCCAACUCCAAGAUCAGCGCGCAUCACCAGAGAGAGAGCGAGAGAGACCUAGUGAGAGUGAGUGUGCGAUAGAGAGAGAGAGUAAACCACUGCCAAAGCCGAUUACAGUCUAUCGGGACUGCGACUCUGUGUCCACUUAAGAGGGUUCUUCCCUCUGUGAGCGGCACGCCUCUCGCUUUCCAUUUGUUUGAUUGUAAAAGCGAAGGAUGGAUUUACUUGAGUGAAUGCGGGACUCGGGCAUCUUUACUAUGAGUUCCUCUGCAGAAGCGCUUCCGUCAGCGGGGCAACUUUUCUAUGCACCACGGCGCCGCUGAGCCGCCCGUCGCUCUGUGGCAAAGUUUCCACGCAAGCCCCGGGGAACAUGGGCUCGCAGUGAACGCACCGGUUGUCGCACUUUCUUUUGUCUACACAACAGUACAACAAUAUGCAGAAGAGCGUCCGCUACAACGAAGGGCAUGCGCUAUUUUUGUCGGCGGUCGCGCGUAAAGAGGGGACUAAGCGCGGCUACCUGAGCAAGAAGACGGCGGAGAAUAGCCGAUGGCACGAGAAGUUCUUCGCCCUUCACCAGAAUGUACUGUUCUACUUUGAGAACGAGCAAAGCGCGCGCCCUGCUGGGAUUUACCUGUUGGAAGGAUGCACCUGCGAGCGCGCGCCGGCUCCCAAGAUGUCCACCACUGGGAAGGAGGCGCUAGAGAAGCAGCACUACUUCCUCAUCAUGUUUGGUCAUGAUGGACAGAAACCACUGGAGCUACGGACAGAGGAAGAGUGUGAGUGCGAUGAAUGGGUGGAGGCCAUCCAGCAGGCCAGUUACUCUGACAUUAUCAUCGAACGAGAGGUGCUGAUGCAGAAAUACAUCCACCUUGUACAGAUCGUGGAGACUGAGAAGGUGGCUGCCAAUCAGCUGCGCACUCAGCUAGAAGAUCAGGACACUGAAAUUGAGAGGCUUAAAGCAGAGAUUAUAGCUCUGAACAAAACUAAGGAGCGCAUGCGGCCUUACCAUGUCUUCCAUGAAAACGACGACCCGGAUAUCAAAAAGAUCAAAAAGGUUCAGAGUUUCAUGCGGGGAUGGCUCUGUCGGAGGAAGUGGAAGAUCAUUGUUCAGGACUACAUCUGCUCUCCUCACGCUGAAAGCAUGAGGAAGAGGAACCAGAUCGUCUUCAAUAUGGUGGAGGCAGAGACCGAGUACGUCCACCAGCUCUAUAUCCUGGUCAACUGUUUCCUCAGACCUUUGAGGAUGGCUGCCAGCUCCAAGAAACCCCCCAUCAGCCAUGACGACGUCAGCAGCAUCUUCCUCAACAGUGAGACCAUCAUGUUCCUUCAUGAGAUUUUUCAUCAAGGCCUGAAGGCGAGGAUAGCCAACUGGCCAACUCUGGUGCUGGCUGACCUAUUUGACAUCCUGCUGCCGAUGCUAAACAUCUACCAGGAGUUUGUGCGUAACCAUCAGUACAGCCUGCAGGUUUUGGCCAACUGUAAGCAGAACAGAGACUUUGACAAGCUUCUAAAGCAGUACGAGUCCAAUGCUGCCUGUGAGGGGAGGAUGCUCGAGACCUUUCUCACAUACCCCAUGUUCCAGAUUCCUCGUUACAUCAUCACCUUGCAUGAAUUACUGGCUCACACCCCUCACGAGCAUGUGGAGCGCAAGAGUCUUGAAUUUGCCAAGUCCAAAUUAGAGGAAUUGUCCAGAGUAAUGCACGAUGAGGUGAGCGACACAGAAAACAUCCGUAAGAACCUGGCUAUAGAACGGAUGAUAGUGGAAGGUUGUGACAUCCUGCUGGACACCAGCCAGACGUUCGUCAGACAGGGGUCUCUGAUCCAGCUGCCAUCGGUAGAGCGAGGGAAACUAAGCAAAGUCCGCCUGGGGUCCCUCUCUCUGAAGAAGGAAGGGGAAAGGCAGUGCUUUCUCUUUACCAAACACUUCCUUGUUUGCACACGCAGCUCUGGGGGAAAACUUCACCUUCUCAAGCAAGGUGGAGUUUUGUCCCUUAUUGACUGCACACUUAUUGAGGAACCAGACGCUAAUGAUGAAGAGUCAAAAGCUGGUGGUCAGGUGUUUGGUCAGCUGGACUUUAAGCUUGUCGUAGAGCCGUCAGACUCGUCUUCUUUUACUGUGGUGUUGCUGGCGCCGUCACGACAGGAGAAAGCUGCCUGGACUAGUGAUAUUAGCCAGUGCAUAGAUAAUAUUCGCUGUAAUGGCUUGAUGACCAGUGUGUUUGAGGAAAACUCAAAAGUCACAGUGCCUUAUAUGAUCAAAUCCGAUGUGCGUCUCCAUAAAGAUGAUGUUGACAUUUGCUUCAGCAAGACGCUCAACUCCUGCAAGGUCCCCCAGAUCCGUUAUGCCAGCGUGGAGCGGCUGCUGGAGAGGCUGACCGACCUUCGCUUCCUCUCCAUAGACUUCCUCAACACCUUCCUGCACACAUACAGGAUCUUCACCACAGCAACCGUGGUCAUGGACAAGCUGGCUGACAUCUACAAGAAGCCCUUCUCCUCCAUACCUAUCAGCUACAGGAUGCAGUACCACUCAUUUGACCGUCUGUCCAUCUCACCCAUUUGUUCUGACUACAGUCUGAAGAUCAAGAAGAUUGCCAUGGAUCAGUCCAAGUCUUUGGAGCUGUUUUUUGCCACCAAUCAAAAUAACAGAGGCGUGGACCACGUGAAUGACAAAUCUCCUCGUCUCUGCCGCAAGUUCUCCUCUCCACCUCCUCUGUCCAUCCCAUCCCGGACCACCUCCCCCGUCCGAACUCGAAAGCUGUCCCUCCACUCCCCUAUCACGGCCAGAGUGGGGGGCCUUGAUCUGACCAGUCCUCUGUCCAAUUACAGUGUCAACAACAACACUUCCCAGUCUGCUGGCAGUAGCCCCACAUCUGCCCAGACACCAACACCUCAGACCCCAACCCCAACUACUUCCUCUCCUCCCCCCCCUCCCUCUUCCACCUCUCCUCCACCGAACAAUUCUAAGCCAACACAAGACCAAGUUCCUCCUAUUCCCUCCUCGCCUGACCAGAGUCCCUGCUCAACUGCAGAGGGAGAGGAUGUCCCCAGAAUUGACCCCUUCUGUGGAAAACUGCGACGGAGUAUACGCAGAGCUGUACUGGAGUCAGCGUCACUAGAGAAAAUCAUCCCAGAGUCUCCACAGACCAGUGAAGCAGGAGAUAUGUCGCCGUGCCGCUCUCCUUCCACACCUCGACACCUUCGCUACAGACAGCCUGUCCAGCCAGGGGAGAACUCACGCUGCUCAGUCUCUCCAGCUUCAGCCUUCGCUAUUGCCACAGCAGCAGCAGGACACGGUGCACCGCCAGUGUUUACUAACUCUGAAAGAACCUGUGAUAAAGAGUUCAUCAUUCGCCGAGCUGCAACUAAUAGAGUUCUCAAUGUUCUGCGCCACUGGGUCUCCAAACAUUCACAGGACUUUGAGAUGAAUGGGGACCUUAAGAUGUCAGUGAUCUGUCUCCUGGAGGAGGUGCUUAGAGAUCCAGACCUUCUGCCUCAGGAGAGGAAAGCUACUGCGAACAUACUAAAUGCGCUUUCUCAAGAUGAUCAGGAAGAUGCCCAACUGAGAAUAGAAGACAUCUUACAGAUGGCGGACUGCCCGAAGGCAGAGUGUUUUGAAUCUCUCUCAGCGAUGGAGCUGGCUGAACAGAUCACUCUGCUGGAUCACAUCGUCUUCAGGAGCAUCCCUUAUGAAGAGUUCCUGGGCCAGGGAUGGAUGAAGGUCGAUAAGACAGAAAGGACACCUUACAUCAUGAAAACGAGUCAGCACUUCAAUGAUAUGAGUAACCUGGUGGCAUCGCAGAUUAUGACCCAUACUGAUGUGGGCUCAAGGGCCAACUCCAUUGAGAAGUGGGUUGCUGUGGCAGACAUAUGUCGCUGUUUGAACAACUACAACGGGGUAUUGGAAAUCACAUCCGCACUCAAUCGAAGUGCUAUCUACCGUUUGAAGAAGACCUGGGCUAAAGUCAGCAAACAGACUAAAGCCCUGAUGGACAAACUGCAGAAGAUUGUGUCCUCAGAAGGACGAUUUAAAAAUCUGAGGGAGACGCUGAAAAAUUGCAACCCUCCUUGUGUGCCAUAUUUGGGAAUGUAUCUAACAGACUUGGCCUUUAUAGAAGAGGGAACACCAAAUUUUACAGAGGAGGGUCUUGUUAACUUCUCCAAAAUGAGGAUGAUAUCUCACAUCAUCAGAGAGAUCCGACAGUUCCAGCAGACGCCGUACAGAAUAGAGCAUCAGCCCAAGGUGACCCAAUACCUUCUGGAUAAGACUCUGAUCAUGGAUGAGGAUACACUUUACGAUCUCUCCCUGAAGAUAGAGCCCAGGCUUCCCGCCUGAGUUAGAGCUGUUUGUGGCCUGUGGGAGCCUGCUGAACCUGGACCCCCAAAAGGGCAAAACGCCCACGUGAUCUCAUCAAUCAAGAGAAAGUUGGAAGAAGAAUUUUCAGAGCAACUUGGAAAUAGAAUGAGAUUUGGUCUAAGGAGACAGAUAUCGAUGCAUGCGGUCAGUUGAACAUGUUUGAGAGCUUUACAAGAGAAAGGGGGAUAUAAGAAUGAGAAAUGCACCUGUAAGGUUGUAAGACAGCUCGUCUUCGAGGGGAAAGAGAGGUUGCAUUGUAUGAAGGUUUUGAGGAAAUUGCAUGUCAUAGUCUGGUGCACAUGGCAUCACACUUCCUGAGGCAGCCUGAGAGUGCAGGACAGGGUGAGAGAGAGGAGUUAAUGGAUGUAACAGAGAUGUAGCAUAUACAGAUAGUGUGACAGAGAGGUGUUUGAGCUUACGUCUCUGUACUAUUGUCUGUGUUCUUUUGCCUGUGCAUUUUCCGUGCCAUGUCCUGUGGAGCAAGACCCCUAAAAUGCUUUCUGUCAUGAAGGUCACUGCAUAAAACUUGCAUGAAUUCAGCUUGGGAUGUAACUGUCUAAAUUGCCUUCAUUCUGACCCCUGAUCCUCUGCUUAGCAUGCACCGCUUUUGCCAGGGUGACUUCUUAAGCCAUUAUGCAUCCUCAGUGGGCUGAAUGCGUCAAAAGCCUUUAAACCUUCACAUAUAAUGCAGAAAGACGAAAACGAAACACAAAAUGUGAUAUAUUUUAAUGAAUUUAGAUUUUUCCCUUGUUAAGCAAUUAAUUCUAUAUUUAUUUGUGAUUGCUUAAUUUGGUUGACUUUUUUUUAAAGAACAUAUGAAUGAUUAAAAUUAAAACAUUUAUUCAGUGCCUUCCACUAGUGCAGGUCAAUCUCCCACAUUCCCAAAUUGAAAAUUUGCAAGCACAAAGUUUUAUAUAAAUUCAAAUUUAAAAUAUUAAAAUUUUAUUUAAAAUUAAGACUGUAAUUUUACUCAUUCAUUUCCUUUUUUUUUAAGAUCAGACGUGUCAUUUAGACUAAACAGUAGCAUGUCAGUGUAAUGUAGUAAAGCCAUUGCAGCAUCCAAUGAGCAUAUAUCUCCCUCUACUGUUUAAAUAUUGUUAUAACCUCUGCUAACACAAAGCUUUGCAGCAUGUGUGUGCAAUUUGUUUGUUUUUUUGGCAUUUAUUGACUGUCAGCUGGGCUAGUGGGUGUCAUCACUCCUCUAUGUGUAACUGGGGCAACUACAGUCUAAACUGGGACAGUACACAGUGCACUCCCUGAGAUGUAGCUUUGCUUGAUUGAAAGGGUGAUCGUUAUUUACCAUGCUAUUUAUUUCAGAUGCUGUAUUUAUAUUAUUUUUUGUAUAUAGUGACUUUACACAUAUUGUACGAUUGAAGAAGAAAUAAUUGGAAUUGUUAUGCUGUGAAUACUGAUUUUAUUGUUGUUGUUGGGUUUUUUUCUUUGUCUCUGGUUUUCAUGUUGAAUUUUAAUUUUGCAUCGGAGGCUCUUGUAUAGGAAAAAAAAUCUGUUCAACUUUAUUCUAAAAAAAUGCCUUUUGAAGGUUAAAAAAUGUAGCACUUCAAUAAUCAGACAUUGUUUUCUGUAUUAAUGAUAUGAUAAGUAUAAUUGUCCUGCAUGCACACAACAGCUGCAUGUUGUGCAUGUCUGACUGGACGCUUCCUUUACCUUCUUCCUCUGCUUCUCUAUAAUAAUAUCGUCUCUGUAGCUGUCAGGAAAAAAAAGAAAGGUAUAAAAACAAUACUUUGUCCAUCGAAUCAGGCACGUUUGUCUCUUAGUGUACCUCAGAAAGUUAAGCCUCUUGGCUGUGUCUUCUGCAAAACUAGCUGUUGUUAUGCAGUAGCAGUGUUGCAACUUUUCUCACAGAACAAUAACCUUAUUCAAAAUCAAUUAGAGGAAAUGUUUCAGACUUUGCUCUUGGGAAAACUUGCCCUUUUUCACUGCAUCUGUAAUUCUGAGUGUCUGUUUCACAUUAAAAGUGUGGGAAUACAGUAUGCUAUGUUUGUAUUGUAAUAUUAUCUUUGUGUUUAUUUGUUUGCAUUUUCAUGUGUGGGUGCAGGGGAAAUAAAUUCAACAUGCCUUAUA